UGGUUGUCUCCCUAACCCUCGCCGAGAUAGAAUAGCCGCGAGGACAAAGCCGAAACCAUGCUGCGUCUUCAAUGGCUGUCUUCUUCCUUGCUUCCGCCAUUAAACCCCCCCGAGCUCUGCGCACAACCCUGUAAGAACCCCAGACGAUGCGGUUUCAACUCCUCUCGCCAACUCUUCACUCUCACCGCUACACGAAAACCUUCUCCAAAAUGCCAGUACGCGUCCUGGAACACGCAGCAGCCUGCCUUCGAACCAGCCUCUCAGACCGAUUCAUUUUCGCCACAAACAAGCGCCGGCGCUGCCGCGGCUUUGCCACCAAGGUUUUUUGUCGGUCAUUCGAUAUACAAAGGAAAGGCUGCCCUGUCCAUCGAGCCUAGGCCACCAGAGUUUACACCUAUAGAUUCGGGGGCGUUCAAAGUAUCCAGGCAAGGAUUUGUAAUGCUUCAGCUUGCCCCUGCAGCUGGUGUUCGUCAAUAUGAUUGGAGCAGAAAACAGGUAUUUUCAUUAUCACUGACAGAAUUGGGAAGUUUAGUCGCCCUUGGCCCACGGGAGUCUUGCGAAUUUUUCCAUGAUCCCUACAAGGGAAAAAGUGAUGAAGGGAAGGUCAGAAAGAUACUAAAAGUCGAGCCUCUUCCAGAUGGUUCUGGACAUUUCUUCAAUCUCAGCGUUCAGAACAAGCUAAUCAACGUAGAUGAGAGCAUUUAUAUUCCCAUCACCAAAGCCGAGUAUACUGUACUUGUUGAGGCUUUCAAGUUUAUCUUGCCGCACCUCAUGGGAUGGCAUACCAUUGCGAACACCACGAUGAGGCCUGAAGAUAGCAGCCGAGUAAAUAACGCGAAUCCCAGAUAUGGUGGUGAGUCGGGUGGCUUCGAAUGGAGUAGAUAGUUUCUACUUUUCCUUAGGCUGAAGAUGAUGAUUGUAGUUUAUUUCAGUUAUCCUGAUCUUUCACUAGUUAUGAUAGUUUAGUCGCUUUUUUUUUUUUUUUUUAUCUAUGGGUCUACAUUUUCCUAAUAUAUCUCUAAACCCAAAUAUUUUAAUAUUAUAUAUGUUUUUUGUAUAUUAGUUUUUAA